CCCCCCACCCCCCCCCCCCCUCCCGGACACGCCGGCUCCCGGCGCAACAAUACAAGGACGCCGCCGCCUCCUCCUCCUGCUCCUGCCCUCCCAAGGUUUCCACGCCUGCUGAUAUUUAUCUCCCCUAGACGUAGCUAGCGCCAGCCAGGGCUGUCACACACACGUGGCCAUGUUGUCAUGAGCGGGGGUUCACGCCUUACUGUGUGUGUACAGGGAUAGGUGCGGGGACAGAUCUUGAAAGGGGAGCUCGGGGCUACCAGACAGACCGGACCAGUCAUCCCAGUGCCUGCGUCACCAGGACAGUGCGGUGUCCUGAACCCGGACGCUACAUUUGCUAGCAUGCCAGCGUGUCACCCCGGCGUUUGUUUUUACCUCCUAUGAGUCAGAGCUGGCCUCGGUUCAUCGCUAAGCCCCUGCCAUCUAGCUCAGCCCCCACGAGUCCAGUUCUUUAACCCUUGUGGCAUCGCCCAGGUCCCAGCGUAGUCGAUCCCUUCCCCUCGCCCCCCCCUAAACGUCCUCAAACCCAAUUCACCCCCCUCCGUUUCGGUAAACAGAAGCCAUCCUUGUGUUGAAGUUUGCCGCUGCUGUUUAUGUGGGAUUAAUAUCACUUUUGAAAUCACACGUAGCAAACGACCUUUGCUGAUUUCCCGAACCACCGCCACCGCCGCCGCCACAGCCACCGCCGCCACAGCCACCGCCGCCACCGCUCUCUGAACACCGCCGACCCCGGCCCCGUCACCAGACGGGGGUUUUGCGGCUCGCCAUGGCGGUCAACAUGAGCAUGAGCAUGGGCCGGGACACCAAGUGGCUGACCCUGGAGGUGUGCCGGGAGUUCCAGCGGGGCACCUGCUCGCGCUCGGACGCCGAGUGCAAGUUCGCCCACCCGGCGCGCAGCUGUCACGUGGAGAACGGCAGAGUCAUCGCCUGCUUCGACUCGCUGAAGGGGCGUUGCACCCGCGAAAACUGCAAGUACCUGCACCCCCCGCCCCACCUGAAGACCCAGCUGGAGAUCAACGGCAGGAACAACCUGAUCCAGCAGAAGACGGCGGCGGCCAUGUUGGCUCAACAGAUGCAGUUCAUGCUGCCGGGAGCCCAGUUGCAGCCCAUAACCACGUUCCCCGUCACGCCCUCCAUGGCCACCAGUCCCAGCAUGGCGUUCAGUCCCUACCUGAGCCACAUGGCUCCAGGGAUGGGCCUGAUGCCCGAGCUGAUGCCCAGCGCCCCUCUGCUGGUCCCCGGGAGCCCCACCGGCCUGACCGCCAUGGGCAACGGCACCUCCACGCAUAAAUCCAUCCGCACAGACAAGCUGGAGGUGUGCCGGGAGUUCCAGCGGGGCAACUGCACCCGCGGGGAGAACGACUGCCGCUACGCCCACCCGCUGGAGGCGGGCAUGGUGGACUGCAGCGAGAACUCGGUCAUCGUGUGCAUGGACUACAUCAAGGGCCGCUGCAGCCGGGACAAGUGCAAGUACUUCCACCCGCCGGCGCACCUGCAGGCCCGCAUCAAGGCCGCGCAGCACCAGGCCGGCCAGAACGCCGCCUCCUCCGCGUCCAUGCAGGUUCCCCAGGGGGCCAUGCACCAACUACCAAAGAGGUCCCCCAUGGAGAAGAGUAACGGAGCCCCCGCCACCGUCUUCAGCCCCAGCAUGUUCCACUACCAGCAGGCCCUGGCCAACAUGCAGCUGCAGCAGACCUUCAUCCCCACCGGCUCCAUCUUGUACAUGGCCCCCUCAGGAGCCAUAGGACUUAUGAAAGCCGCGGCCCCCCCGGCAGCGGAGGGCCGCUGGGAGAGACGGGACUGGAGCGGCUGCCGGCAGGGGCCUGGCCGCCUGCUGUCUAUCCCUGGAUUCACUGUUCCCAUGACGCACGGUGCCUCCUCCACUGUCUCGUCGGCCUCAACCCACGUCACCAAUGUUCCUUUCGCUGAAUCCGCCGCGUCCAAUCAGACCCAUCGGAGGUCAUGAACGGCGACGCAGUGGAGCUCCAUUGCAUCCCGAUGGAGACCCACUUCUGUCCCGUCCCCAAGCUGCUGAUGGCCACUCCGGUGGGCCUCAACUCAGUGAGCCUGGCCCGCCACCCCAGUUAAGAAACCCCGCCCCCUCACCCUAUCCACUCUACUGCACCCAUCCACCCACCCAUCCCUUAAAGAGUAACUCGACUCUCAGAAUGCAACAAAAAUGUGCCUAAUCCAAAUGUGCACACUUACCGAGUGGCAGUGUGAACCUGAAGGUGGAGAUGUUUUAGUGUGUAAAGAAAAGGCCCAGAAUACCGGAGCUGGGCCGAGUGCCGCACUCUUUGGAGGGGGAGCCUCUUGAGCAUUGGGGAGAGAACAGCCGCCAUGACAUGAUCGACUUUAGGCGGUGGCCCGACGCUCCCAGGCUCCCACAGCCAUGCAUGCCCAGUGCCACACCUUCAAGAAAUACACGCACUAAAACACGCAAACACACACACAUAAACACACACAUAAACAAGUUUUCGACAGCGAAAAAAAACCCUCAUGGGUUCCAAGCCAUCGUCUUGUACUGAAGAGCAAACGACAUGACUGGGCGACUGCACCAAAGUAUAAGAAAAGAUCAAUAAUACGGCAGAAAUGCUAAUUAAGGAAUUCCACUCGAUUAACUAACCGGAAUGCCAAUGGUCACCAUUAUGUUUGGCACUGAUGGCAUUAUGUUGGAAAGGGGGGGGGGGGGGGGGUUUGUAUUGUAUGAAAUCGAAUUUAUGUUUCAUGAUUUGUGUUUCGAUAUUUUAUGUCUCAAUUUUAUUAGUACAAUGCUGUCAAAAAAAGUUUUGUGUUUUUUCAGGGUCAAUCAUCUCAUUCUACCUGAGAAACAGAACAUCCGGUUAUUGUUAAUUUGUCUGUGCCUUUAAAUGAUCUAUUGUGGCACAAAAUGUGACCUUAUGUGACUGUCACUAAAGAAAACAAUAAUUUGGCUGUGAAAAAAUAUUUCUUUUUUAUUUUAUUGAAAUUUUGUAGACAGGGUUCCGUUCUGUUUUAUUUUCUCGAGGGUAAACAAAAACUAUCCAAUUUAUACCCUAAAAAUAUUACAACUAGUGGUGAACGGGGUUCAUUUGGAGCAAAUGGUAGUGCUCUUUCUUCAGCAACACAAUGUCUUUAUGGAGCAAUGUGUAAGAUGAUAAAGGCUAGUACUAGUGUUUAGCUUAAACUCCAUACCAGUUUAAGUUUACAAUUAGGUCAAACUACAAUAUAUUUAUCAUUCAGUAGCUAAUAUUGCCAAUUAGAUGUAUUUCAUUUAUUUAUGAUAACCAAACAAUGCCCAAAGUGCAUCAUAAUUUAUUGCUUUCAAAUUUGUUGAAUAUUUCACCAUAAAUUGUUUAAUGCUAGCCCUUGAUGAAGAUAAAAAAAUAUUCCUAUUCCAGCCAUCUUGGCCCGGGCAUUUUCGGUUCUUUUAAAUAUGAAUAACAGCAUGACUCUUACACAUUUCCCCUUUAAGCAGCGUUAUUCCAUGUACUCUGACCUUUUCAUACAGGAUCAAAGUAGAUCAUUAUAAAUAUAAAAGCUACCAUUAUAAAUCAGAAUUGGUCUUCAGUGCAGUAUAUCUGACCAGUGAAUGUUCUUUGGCUGUAAAAGCUUUGAAAUUAUUCAAGCGCCACCUACUGUCUUUGGCUUUGAGGUCAGUUUAUCAGUCUUUCUAAGAUUAUCCCAAUUCCAAAUUUGAUUAUGGAUCUCUGUGCAAUGUUUGAUGAAUGACAAUCUCUAAGCAUAGUCGGGGCACUUGUUAAGUAAAACAUAACGCCUAUUACAUCGUAGGUGCUUUAGAAAGAGUUAAAAUAAGUCCUGGUCCCAUGUCGGCUUGGAUCUUAUUUGAACCAAAAUGAUCGCCUGGGGAACAAAGCUGAAACUGAACAAUUUCUUAAUUGGGAACUUUGAGCUUUGACAGCCAAUGAUAGAAUGGUUGCACAGCAUGAAAGCAGCAAGUGCUUUCCUGUUUUUGUGCAAAUUCACCAAAGUCUGUAUUGGAAGAGUAGUGGCCUACGAAUGGAACAUCCCUAGUCAAUGCGAUAACUUUUUGUGUUUCAGAAAAUUGAAACACAAACGCUGUACCUGGUAGAAAUCUAUAAAAAAUUACAAAACGGCAACGAGGGAAUUGCUUUUAAAUAUAAUUGUAUUUUUGGGGGUAAAUUUCUCCCCAUUGUUUGGCUGUUGGAGUGACUCAGUGGCACUAAGAUUGUUAUUUAAAUUGGCUCUUCAGGGAGAAAAAAGAGAACUUGAAUCUGUGUUGUCUGACUUAAAAAGCGUAUUCUCUUUUCCUCUGAUUCUGUUCAUUCUUUAAUAGUCUACAGACUCUAAAUGCUAAUACUACUCUAGUCAGGGGAGGACUUAAUUCCCACAAGGAGAAGCCAGAAAACAAAAUAUGUGGGCCGGAGAUAUGAAAGGUGCCCCAGAUUUGAUCCCACAGUGGGUAUCGAAUAAUAAAAAAUUAAAUAAAAAACGGAAUACACUGGCCGUCGAAUUUUGGAUCUAAUACAAUUAAGUGAAGGGAAUAUGUGCCUCUUUCCAGUCUCCUUAAGUGUUGAUUGUUCAUACACUGUUAAACAGAUCGAUAGGGAUAGAUGGAUCUGUAGUUCAUCGUUCAUCAUAACAGUAAACUAUAUCUGUCUAGUUUCUUUGGGGCAGCUGUGCUGUCUUGACAUGAAUAAGGUAAACGUAACCAAUACUCUUAAUUAGUUGUGUGCAUAUGUAUCUAUGUUAAAAGAGACGAUGAAUCCCAUAUUCCAUUAGCUGAAAAGGGUGACUCAUUUUGUGCCAUUUCCCACUGAAGACGUGUCAUGUUUAAGUCAUGUUAUUGUGUCGUGAAUGUAUUUAAUGCAAAAAAAAAUUAACCAUGCCCAUUUAAAAGAAUGGCAUGUGGAAAUAUAAUGAUUCACUACAUAUAGACUUUUUCAAAGGUAACAUAAAUAUCAUGUUGAUACUGUGUUAGGACAUUAAAGUAUGUGUAUUAUUAUAUAGAUUUAUAUUUAAUGUUCAUGGGUGGUGUGACUACUUAAAAAAAUAAUAAUAUCCUUGAGCAAAUUCUGUCCCGACCUUUGUUUCAUGAAUUUGAUUUUAAAGGCAAAUGUUUCUCUCUGACUUAAUGAAGUGAUGAAAAGAAUGUCCAGGCAAGUUGUUUUGUCUAAACCUUAGAGCUUUGGAAGACAUGCGUUGUCCAGUCAAGAAAAAAAAGAAAAAAUGUCAUUCUGUCAUGUCAUUAUGCCUUCACCAACUGCUAUCCAGCUGGAAUAACAAAAUACUUGACAAAUGAAUGGUGCCACUCUUGAGGUAUUUAAUUUUAACUGAACGUUUACCAUUGUUUGUCAUGUUUAAAAGUGUCUAUUCCUUGUACACUUGAACGUGUUUUUGUGUGAGUACAUAGAUGAUCUUUUUCUUUAUAGUCUCUCACUCUUUUCCUUGACCCUCGGUUAUCUACAGACCGGAUGUUUAGUAUCCACUGUAAUUAUUCUUGCCAUCUUCAUGAAUUCAUACCCUUUGACUGUGGAGAAUAUGCAACUCCUUUUUGUCAUUGCAUACCGUGAGAUCAGAUCUCAAAGCAUGAGGACAGGUCGUAUUCUGUCCUACUGGAGGUUCUGAUGGCCAGGACAGAGCCAUGGGGCCUGGUUUCUUCGUCACUGUAUAAAGUCGUGAUUGCAAUGUAAUGAAAGUAAUUUAGUGGUAAGUUUUAACUUUUUUUUUAAUUAUUUGACAAAAUAAAUCAAUGCAUGAAAAUAAAAAAUAUUCAUUUAAGUAAAAUACUUUGUGUAGACUUAUAACGAGUAUGUAUACCUAAAUUGAUAGAUCCAUUGUUAAUUAGAAAAGUUACUGUUGCUAUGGCAACAAAAUUACAAUGUGGCUACCUUUGUAUUAACCUAAUUAUUUUUCACAUAAAUUGAAAUAACAAUUUAGAGAAUAAACCUACUUAUUCACAAAAGGGAAUGUUUAGUUAGUUUAGAGUAUGUUUUACGGAAACAAAUAAGUCAUUGUAAUAUUCAAAAUUCCUUUGGGGAGACUGGUCACGUGUAACUUUAUUAUGGUUUGUGAGUGUGUCUUAAAUCUGCUUUGUUUUGAUUGUUUUUCUUUCCUUUUUGUUGGUGUCAAACGUAAAAAAUAUAGAUUUUUGCUAACGUAAACAUGUAUCUUUUGGGAGGUGAAGAGGUUUUUGGCUUGAAAAAUGAAACGAUGGACACCACAACCUGCCCUCUCCCAUUCAUUAUUUGGACCUUCCGUCCUCGGACUAGAUGAUUUUUCUCGACUAGAAGUGUUGUUCAUCUGAAGUCUCUUUCCUCUCCGGCUAGCCCAGCUGUGCUGGUUGAUGUCGAUCCUCGCUGGGGUGUACGAAUGUGUGAUAUUCACCUUGUUUGCACUUAUGUACAUAACUAUGUCAAAAAUAUUCAAAAAUUUAUUUUGAAUAAAUAUAGAGAAAACUGAUAAAAACGAAAUCGCUGUAUUGUUAAGCAAUACAACCAGUAUGCUGUUAUAAGUUCUAGGAAUUAUGAGAAAGACGGUUUUGAAUGAUUUGUCCUGUUCUAUUUGCUAAAGCCCUACUGCUUGCUAAGCAUGAUAUUGUUAUGCUGUAAAAAAAAUCUGAGCAAUUUAGACAACCAUUUUAUAGGUGCAGCAAGUAUCUGAUCUUAAAAUUAAGUUUGAAAGAUUAAUUUAACGAUACCUUUUUUGUCAUUUUUAAAAGAUUCCAAAUGAUUGCGUAAUGCAGCAGUGAUAAAUCUUUCGUGAAUUACUGAAUUAAAUUUCAAAUAAUUAUUCUCCUAUUACCAAAACAUUUCUUUAACAGUCUUUAAACCGAAUAUCUGGAUGAGUGAUAAUUUUACAUUUAUUUCUUUGUAAGAAAAUGAUGUCAUUUGUUUUUCUGCUCAAUCACUAUGAUUGCUCAAUAAUCAGUAAAUCUGACUCACCUAUUGAAUUUCUAUCAAAGAUUGGACAGUGAAAAACAUGUUCCAAGAGAGCUUUUAAUACAAAAUACCCUUUAAACUAUAUACAUCAAACCUGGCCAUUUAUCGCUUUAUAUAUUGCUUGUGAAGCCAAUGAUUUUGUUGCCAUGGCAUCUGUCCUAGUGUUGGAUUAACUCGAGAGUCAUUCCGUUGUGGUGUUUCGAAGCCUUCAGGAUGGGGGGGGAAAAAAGAUUGUUUUUUGUUUUUUCUAACAUUGUGUUAAUGCCUAAUGCUAUACUUCUGUACUGUGUGUAUAUCAAACCCAGGAAAUCAGCUUUGUGUCUAUUUUGCUCUGUAUCCUGCAGACUUCUACUGCUAUAGUAUAGUGGAAUGUACAUGUGGGCUACCAUGUAUGAAUUGGGCUCCACUGGCAGUAGAUUUUUGUUUAACAUCACUGCAUUGUGCUUUUAUUCCACUUUUGUUGCUAUCACUUGACCACAGUUAAGUUUAUCUGUGCCUUCAUCAUUAAGCGUAUAUAUUUGUGUUUUUCCUUUGUGUAACUCUAACAUUAUAAUCAAUUUCCAUUUCACAAUUCAUUUCCAGAACUGCAUGUACAGUGAGUAGCUGUCUUGACUACUUUGGAUAGAGUUGGUGAACCAUGGAAGCGAGUAACAAAAUAGCAACUAGAGGAAAAGCAUAAGGGCCAGGACUAAGCCAUACGAAACACUUCUCUCUCUCUCUUCUCUCUUCUCUCUUCCCUGCCUCUCUUGCACACUGAAACAUCACAGCCCAGUUUCGUCGCUCUACCAUAUUGUUGCUUAUCGUUAUAUUUUAGCUAAUUGGGUUUCUAUGUGCUACUGCUACAUGGCAAUUUAUUUUGUGGUGUAUGAUUAUCAAAAUGCAGGUUCAUUUGCCUAUAUGAUGAUGAUGACCUUUUUCUAUUUUUGUUUUGUUUUACCCCUUUAAUAAAGCCCUUAUUGGUGAUCAUCA